CAACGAUAGCCUGACACCUGUGAGCUUCCCAGAACACCAUCGGCUCCUUCAAUAUGAGCGCCCCCACAGCUCAGAUGAUUGCUCCCGAAGGGCUUACCGUCCUAGACGGCGCUGUCGAAGGUGAAAUGGCGGUGGAUUACGUGUUUCUCCAUGGCCUGAACGGAAACCCGAAAGAUACCUGGACCGAUGAGACCAAAGGCGGCACUGCAUUCUUUUGGCCGCGCCAGAUGCUGGCUGAUAUCCCAGGGUGUCGGGUGAUGACAUUCGGCUACAAUGCCGCCUUCGAAAGAGCCCUAGUCGAGAACACGACCACUAUCAACGCGAUCGCCCAAACCUUUGUCAAUCGAUUGAUUGACAAGCGCAAAGGGGAGCAUAUCAACCGACCACUCCUCCUCAUUGCCCACAGCCUCGGUGGCCUUGUAAUCAAGCGCGCUCUCUACAACAUUCACGCCGACCGCCACACCGGCCUAAAGUCGCGUAAGAUCGACGAGCAGAACGCCAUCUACGACUCCAUUGCCGGCCUGGUCUUCAUGGGCACACCUCACGCCGGCAGCCAUGUCACGGACGCGGCCAGGGUGAAGAUGCUCAAGGCGCUUGCCCGCGCCACAUUCAAGAAGGCACCCGAGAAUCUAAUCAGGGCCCUGUCUGCCCAUUCCAACGAGCUGCAGGACCUCAGCGCCAGUUUCGAGAGAACGACAAUCUUCACUCAGCACAUGAUCGAGAUUUGCACCUACUUUGAAACCAAGACAACAAAGUUUGUGGGGGAAGAGGUGGUUCCUCGAGCCAUGACCUCGCUCCACUACCUGAAUGAGCGUGAGGAGGGUAUUGCAAAGGAGCACACAAAGAUGGCAAAGUUUUCUGAUGCCCAAGAUGACAUGUACCAGUCGAUUCGCCAGAGGCUGGUGGACAUGGGCACUGACGGCUUGAACGCCAAAAAGGCACGCCAAGCUACCUAUCGUGUAUCCCAAAUUCCCGGCGAUAUCGCCAGGACGCAGCUUGCACAGUUCUUGCAUGACCAAUGCCAACUUGGGCCGACAGAUAACAUUCGAGUGCACUCUUUGGCUGCUCGCUCAGGCCAGAGACAGUCCGCCAAGACUGCCACUGCUUCCUUUUCGACUGUCCCCCCGCUGUUGUUGAAAAAACAGAGCCGUUGGAUAAUUCCCUUCGUCUGGAACAAUAAUCCUAGUCACAUAGUUGUCGACACGGAUUUCCACGGCUUCACCGCCCUAAAUGAGGUUGAAGCAGAUAAACAUAUCAUGGACAUCAUCGCCAUCCCAGGCCUAGGCUACCACCCAUUCGCCGUCUGGCAGGAAGAUCCGUCUGCUAGCACGUACAUGUGGUUGAGAGAUGACCCGACCCUCUUGGCCACAGGGACCCAGAUCCUCCUGUACGGCUACGACUCCGGUCACCAAAGCAGCAACGACCCCGCAUCGAUCGAGGACAUUGCGAUAUCCUUGAUCUCCGCACUGCGUGAUAUCGGUCGCUCAUCCCCCUCUGCCAAACCGGUGGUCUUCCUUGCCCACAGUAUGGGCGGCGUCGUCCUAAAGCAAUGUUUCGUGGAGCUGGCCAACACCAGUCAGUCCGAACUGUUCAUUUUGCGAAGCAUCAAAAUGUGUAUCUUCCUGGCGGUUCCGAACCAACUUCCCGUCCCCGCCAUGUUGGCUGUCAUGCUCGGCAACAACAGGUUCAACAAUUUGCGGUACGCACUUCAGGCCGAGAGAAAUCGAGGCUAUCUGUCCACCCUAGACGGAAUUGUGCGUGGAUUUGGUCAGGCAAACGGCAUUCGCUUCUGCUCUGGGUACGAGACGAUGAGAUCUACACUUCCAAAGCGCCAUGUUCAUGCUGAAAGUGACCAUACUAUACUCCUUCCCAAAUCCCAGGCCAUUCAGGACGGGUCGCAGGCUGUAGAUCAGUUCCCGGUCAGCAAGGCCCAUGGUUCCGUACUCGGUAUGCAGGCCGGCAGUCAAACUAUCGACACCAUCGCGAGGCUUGUCACCGAAGCUAGUGAAGCUGUCAGGGUCUCUAUGCCACCGAGCUCAGCCCAGAGUGGUCCACAAGGAGAACCCAGCCGCUGGCCAGAUUUCUCUCUACCCUCAUGGGCAACUUUACAUGUACCGUCUUAUUUUCAACGCACAACGUUGCCGCAAGCCCCAGCAAGUUCACAAAGUAUGGCUACACAUGACGUCGAUUUCGAUUCUGCGUCCUCAGAGGACAUCAAAAACUCGGCAUUGUACCGCCAGUUCAUCAAGACUCUUGUUCUACAUGGUCUGGAUCGAGAAGACGGCAUAGAAGCCGCUGUUCAAGGCACCUUUGACUGGGUCUGGUCGAACCCAGAAAUCGGUCUCAGCUCCUGGCUGGCCGACGACAAAACCCCCCUGUUUUGGAUAUGUGGAAAGCCAGGGUCUGGAAAAUCCACCCUCAUGCGUUAUCUAUGGGGCCAUGACCAACUUUCGACGAUAUUGGCUGAUGAGGUGCCGGGUGUGUCGAGGAUCAAGGCAGCCUUUUUCUUCUACUACCGUGGCACCCACGUUCAAAAGUCGUUUGAGGGGAUGUUGCACAGCGUGCUGCUGCGUAUCUUGGAACAGGAGCCUCGCCUAGCGAGCGUUCUUCUUCCCGAGUUUGCAAGGCUGAAGCAUGAAGAGCGGGAGAAGUGGAUAUGGACAUUGGCAGCGCUCAUGAAGGCGUACGAUGAUAUUCUCACCCAAACCAUGCUCUCCGUCGAGAUCUACCUCUUCCUCGACGCACUGGACGAGUACGACGGCCCCACAGAGGCCAUAGUCAACUUCGUGCGCACAUCAGUUCUCAAGGCCUCCUCGGGACGAACGCGUCUAAAGGCCUGCUUUUCAAGCCGCGAGUGGCUGGCUUUUGAGGACUCCUUUUCGGCCCUUCCGGGUUUCAAGAUUCACGAAUACACAGAUAGUGACAUUCUCAAGUACACGUUGGCUCGACUUUCCCGCAAUCCCGAAAUCUCGCAACGGCUGGCAGCCGGGACGCAUCAGGAAGCUUCAGACGUUCGCCAGAUGGAGGAGCACAUAGUAAACUCGGCCAACGGUGUCUUCGUCUGGGUGAAGGCAGUUUCUGAUGAGAUCGUCAGCGGAUUCUCAAGAAACAAGUCGACCAGCGAGCUUUUGACACUGCUCAAGAGCCUUCCAACCGAUCUGGACUCCUUCUACACGGACGCCAUCAAACGGCUCCCGUUCGAACUUCGAAUGGAGGCGUUCUCCAUGUUCGAGGUUAUGGCAAGGUCCGACACCAUCCUAUCAGCCACGCUUGUAAGGGAAGCCGUCUCAUGCGCGCAAUUGAGCGAUCCCCAAGAUUGUGCAAUGGCAAUCAGGCGUUGUCGGGAGCUUCCCGGUUCCGACUCACCUACACGCUGGGCUCAAGACCGCGGGGCCGGUCUUGUCGAAUUCAAGCAUCCCUACGAGAAUGCCCCCGCCAUUAUCACCUUUAUGCAUCAGUCAGUCCUUGACUUUGUUCUGAGGCCAGGUUUUCGAGGGCUCGUACUUGAUCACGCAUUCGCGCUGCCCUUGGAAAACGGCUAUUCGAUCUUGUCCAAGUGGAUGCUCUCGAUAGGAGCUCAGGAUCAAAAGGUUUUCGAGUAUCAUGAGGUUGGAGAAGAUCUCUUGGCUGUCGCCGAAGCGACCACGGGCAAGAGCCUGAGGAGUUUCUUGGAUUCACUGGACAAUGACACUCUGACGACAGAAUUGAAAAUGUGGGGAUGCCCUAUUGCCGAUAUCUCGAAUCCGAAGAUUUACUUCGCCGUGAUUCAAGGCCUGAACAUUUUGGUUCAAGAAGUCAUUCAGGAGCACGGCGGAGUCAUUCCGGACAAAGACAACUUCUCCCUCCUACAUUGUCUGGCCAAACUGUCGGAUCCCUACCGUGUUUACGGAAUGGCUUUUCCCGUUUCGCACUCUCCGGCCAGGUUGGAAUGCAUCCCAAUUCUCUUCCGCCAUGGGGCUCGAGCAGGGGCAGUAUGGCAGGGCAAAACCCCCUUUCAAAUGCUAGUAUCAAAGUUUCCCUACACGAUAUUUACCGGCAGUGGUGGGCAUAAAGGCUCGGACAGUGUCCCCAUUCACAACUACGAGAACGUGCUUGCUCUUCAUUUUCUAUCUGCUGGGGAAGAUCCCAAUGUAAGCAUAUCGAUCAAGAGGAAUAACAGACGAAGGCGAGACCUGUCAACGGAAUGGGUCACCUGCAAACCGCUGCACAUAGUCCCGCUAGGUCUCGCCGCAACCCUGAUCGCAUUCGGCGCGAAAGUGAACGUUUUCGAUAGCAAGGGGAGGACACCACUGGACCUUGCUUGCGGAGUCGGAGGCAACCCUUUCGAAGUUGGUGACCACGUACCACCUUUGGAGGCCUAUUCAUUCGCACAAUUUCUUUUGAGUCACGGCGCGCAGCUGUCGUUGGAGGGGAGCCGGAUCUGGCCUGAUUUUGUGAAAUCCAUCUCAAGGAGUGUGCAGGUACCCGACGAGUUCCUGCAGCCCGGCGUCAUGAGCAGAGCGAGCCCAGGCGUCGUACUGAUGAAGAUCGAAGACAUGAAGUUUCGUAUUUAGAGGGACGGAAUUCGCCGGUGAUCGAUUAUCCCACGGAUGCGAUCUGACAACUACGGACUUCGCAACUCAUGCCACGGCAAGUGUAUAUCUAGUGUCGAAUGGGAGUUUGAGACCAAGGAAGCAUUUAAAGUAGCUCCAAACAGAAACCAAUCUUCUACAUCUAACGC